ACAGAAGAAAGGAUUACUGGGAUAAUAUGAUUACAAAGAAUCUAGAAGAACCAAAAACUUGCAAAGCAGUAGCACAGAAAGGAAAGGUUAUUAGUGAGCGUUAUCUCUGUGAAGAUAUUACAAGUCCAUUAGAUGACAUUAGCGUAUCAACCAACUCGGGCAGUCCUCCUCCUCUGCCUGUAACACAACCACCAAUUCAUACUGUAGCAACCCGGGAGCCCGAAUCGUCCCCACAUGACUCUCAAAGAGCAAAAGAAAUAUCAGAAAAGAGAAUGUAUUGGGAUAAUUUAUUUGCCAAGAGGAAAGAAAGCGAAAGAAAACCGGCAGUAGAUAAAGAUAAUGAUCUUUCAACUGUAAACCAAACUGAAAAUGAUAUAGGAAUAAGUGAAGAGAAUACAAGUACGGGUGAUGAUGCUACAAAGCCUACAGCUGUUCCUGGAAAUGUUCAGUCGCCUGAGCAUUUAAAAGAAUCUGAGAAAUAUACAGAAGAGUCUGACAGCAAAUCAGUCCAUAUUAUACCUGGAAAGACAUUUGUCGCACAAAAGAAAGGUUUCUGGGAUGACCUGAUUGCCAGGAAGACAUGUGAGCCAGGAGUCAACACGACUUUCAUUGUCCAGAGGCCUCUAGUAUCCACGCAUGACCGCCAAGAUCGAAGCUGUCCCGUGGAGAUGGUAACAGACGAAGUAACUGGAGGAGACGAAGAGAUAUGUACUGAGAUCAAAGAGACCAAAACAGUGCUUGGUCGGAAACUGAGUAUUAAAAUAAAAAGCGGGAUCGUACGAGCCAAUCAGCGUUUAUAUGAGUCAGGACAUGAAGAUGAGUUUACAAUGUGGAAGAAAUCAAAGGAAUGUAAGAGUUUAGGGAAACAUGAUAUAACACAAUCGCCUAGAAAAAGUUCUCGUUCUGUUUCCACCCAGAAGCAACGUAGAGAAAAUCGUGAGCCAGAAUUAGUUAAAGAUCAGCCGAAAGUCGUCGUAUCACCAAUUCCAAGGCACAGGAAAUUGAAGAAGGGUCGUCCGAUAUCCCCAAGACCUCAAGACGACCAGUCUUCGUCCGGUGAAGACGAACAAAGUAUUCCAAGAGUGCGAAGGAAAACGAGUGUAAAAAUACAAAAAGGGUUAGUGAAAGAGUACAAAUCCCAAUGGGAAUCUAAAUGUUCAAAAUCUGGGUUUUGGACUUGGAAAAGGCACCGCUUACAGUACUCGCCGUCAAAACCGAAGUCAUCUCCGGUGAAAAGACAGACUAAAAGACAACCUCGUAAGUCUCCGACAACAAGGGCGAGUCCAGUCAGUUCAUACACAGCAAGGUACCUGGACACACCUGACAAAAUACCCAAGUCGCCAACUAAGACAAGGAAAGAAUGGGACCAAGAGAUGCCUCCACCUCCAAGUCCUCCAGUUGAUCGACCUCUAACGCCGGAGGAAACCGAGGAGUUCCUCCAGGACAUUAGGGGAAGAGUGGCCAGCCAACGCAAAAGGUUUGAUAGCCUUGGCAGCGUCAUUAGCGAAAGCAGUGGGAAUAGCCUGGACGCUGUGGAUGCCCACACUAAUCACACAGCCAAAAGUUCGCUUGAUCUAGAUGAAGACUACAUCAGCUGUAUUGUCGGGAAGGUAAGCAAACGUAAGAAACUGUGGGAGACGAAAACAGAAGAAAAGAGCCAAAGAAACAAAGACAACAAUCUCAUCACCAAAGCGCAAGCAUCAAGAAUUCGAAACCGUGGAAAGCCUCAGAGUCCAACUCCCACAAGAAUGAAGGGAAAAGAACGCGUGACCUAUAUCAUCCACAGCACAAUCGAAGGCGACGUCGUGCUUGAAACAGUCGACGGAACCUAUUCAUCUCACCAAGAAUUAUGGGAUAUUCAGACCAGGAAGCAGCAACACACGCAACGUCUGCAAGCAUCUGGGGAGAGCAUGAAGGUUGAGAGGAAGGGAGCAGAUAUCUCUGAGAUCAGCCGCGCUCAUCCCCGGGGAGAUGUGGAUGAGCUGGUCGCUGCUGCUUCCGCCACACAUACGACCAGUGAUAUUGGGGAUCAUAUACCGCCGGAUGAGGAGACCCGAAGUCAUUCUCCAGUCAUUACAAACCCCAGCCCACACUCCAGUUCUUGGCCAAGCCCACAGUCUUGCUCUCCGACUCAAAGCGCCGGUGAACACCCCAUUGAAGCAUCUGCAGCUGCGGAGGAACCUGCGGCAUCCGAAACUGCCCAGUACUACCAGUCAUACAAGCACACCUUCGCAUCUGCUCGUAGUUUCUUUGAGAGUGUAACACAUGACCAAAAUGGAGUCGAACUCAACAAUUACACAAAAUACGAGGAUAGACACAAAAGUCUUACCGACUUUGUGGUUACUGAACAAGUAAACGUAUCCUGUAACGACAGCGAAACAUGGAAUUAUUCCUCACAAGGCCUGAACUCCCCCAGCAAUCCCAUUGAAAGUGCAGCGACAGAUACUGACCUAGAAGUUGAUGAUGAUUCUGUGAAAGCUGUUUAUAAUUCCCAAGACAUGAAUUAUACUAGGCAUUCAAGAAAAGAAGCACAAGAAUGCGAGACCCGCCUGGUGGACAGCGGUUGCCAAACCGACGAUGAAUUCGAUGACACUCCUCGAAGUCGAAUAUAUCGUGUGAACCGGGCUUGUCAGAGUGACCCUGAAAGCGACAACGAAUUGUCGAGAGUGAGAGAUCACAGUCCAUCGCGAGAUCAAGAAAUACAAGUUUCUGAAGACGACCUCACUAAUCCUCUAAAGCGUCGUCUACCACAUGACUACCGUCAAUACGAUUUGCUUGAAAAUCCUAAAUCAAAGCGUCGGAUUUACCAAAGGCGAACCAGAUCCCAGACAUUGGCUAGAAGUAAAUCCUUGCCAGGAACAGACUUCGCAACCAUUCCUAGUCCAAAGCAUAAUAGGACUACAAUAAAUCCACUGGGCAAUUUUUGGUCAAGUGAACCUGAAGACGACAGACCCAGAUCUUACAAGUUCGGAAUAUCAGAUUCAUCUUCUCUUGUAGCGUCUCUCAUGGACCUAACAAGGGAUUUACCUACAGCUUAUCCUGACUCACAUAACCAGGACGACUUAGAAGAUCUCGAUCAUGAUGUCUUCCAGCACUUCCCCCAGGGAGAGGUGAUACAGACGCUGAGCGGAUGCUACUGGGGAGAGUUUCCCCAUAUUCCAGUGAAUGGGCGAACACAGAAUCUUGGCAGAGUUCCCAGAGCUGGCCAAAGAGACCUGAUUUCUCUCCGGGAACUUCGCCGUCGCGCCAGUUUACCCGAGUGUUUGGCUCUCCUACCGAGCUGUGAGGUUGCCAGCCCCGAGUCAGGAUCCCCGGUGGAAGUGAUACGCAAUCCCUUCCAUCCCAUGGACCAAAUUACUGCCCAGCUGAUGAGGGAAUCAAGCGUGGAUAAUUGUGAAAAUGGUACUUACUGUAUGUACAACAGUAGUGAAAGUAUUAAUUUAUCUGUAAACAGUGAUGCGAGUGAGAAACACAAUCCAGUGUGCGAUGGCGCAACCGAAAAUGAGCAAAUUGCUGACUCUGAUAAGGAAGAAUGGGAUACUUACGGUGAGGCCACAACCGAUUCCAAUUGUGAGAUCGAAGAUAGCCCUAAUGAAAGUAGAAACUGCGUCGAAGCAACACCUAAUCCUACAUGUAGUGCGUAUGGAGAUGGUCUUGAGCGAGGGAAGACAGGUGAAGUUUUAACUUUCAUCGUCGACACUGCCGGCGCACAGCAAGGCGAGGUAACAAUCAGCGUGGAUGGACCGUUCAAGGGCUCUGUGUCAGGGACUGAAGUGUACCCCAUAGAAGAAUAUGCAGGAGCCUAUUUAGUCAACUACAUGGUCAACACACCUGCUCCAUAUAAAGUGGGCAUUACGUGGAGUGGGCAGCACAUAGCAGGGAGCCCAUUUACUUGUAUUGUGGAAGCAUAAUUAUUUUUCUCUUUCAUUGUUAGUCACAUGAUAUAUUCUGUCAGCUCCAUGGACAUAUCACUUGGCAAUGCAUAAACUGCAUAAUUGAAUGCAUAAUUGAAUUCUGCUGUAAAUAUGUCCAAUUCUUUUGUUGUCUAGUCUUUGAAAACUACUGUAUGAUAGUCCCAAUUUAUGUAGGGUGUGUUCAUUUUUGCUUUAUAAGAUACUGGCAUAUCAGAGAAUUAUAAAUAAUGCUAAAGGUAAGAUGUGAAUGUUGUCAUAGAAGACAGUACUUCCGUCUAAUCUAAUGGAAGAAAUAUUUUUAGUUUGUGGGAAAAAAACAUUGAAAACUUUGUGAAUGAAAAUAUUGCAAUGCAGACUAGUAAAGAUGUCAUGAUUCAUGUGUUUUGAAUUGUGAAAUAUUAGAUAUUUUCAGCCACCAUAAUGCUAGUGUAAAAAAUAUAAUGUAAAAUAUAAUAGCUGUGAUAUAUUUUU